AUGUACGUGAUUUCGCUACUACGCGAUACGGUAGCAAUAAAGCCACACGAGCUUGGAAAAGAUCAGUUAGCUGUUGUCAGAAGGAGGUUGAAUCAGAGAUUGGCUAAUAAGGUAAGGGUUACUGUAGUAGCUAGAGAUUAGUUAGAGGAUUUUUUCCGGAAAACGAGACAAAUGCCGCGUCGUUUUUUGGGAUUGGGCGCAGUAUAAAAUAACUGAAAUUGGAAAAUUUUUAUCUCGAAGAUGUAAAAUUAAUUUCUGGAUUUGUAGCCAUACACCCAAUGUUUUUCAGGUAGUCCCAGAUCUUGGUUUAUGUAUUUGUGUAUAUGAUAUAACAGAAAUUGGAGAUUCAUAUAUUUUACCAGGAGAAGGAGAUUGUCGAGCAAGUGUAUCUGUAAGUUAUUUCCUCUUAUUCAAUAAUAUCUCCGCCUCAUAUUUUUCUCCAGUUUCGUAUGAUAGUUUUCCGUCCAUUCACCGAAGAAGUCAUCGAAGCCAAAGUUAUCGCAUCUUCACGUCAAGGCCUCACACUUUCUCUCGAAUUUUUUGAAGAUAUUUUUGUGCCAGCUCAAAAAUUACCCGAACCCCAUGUUUUUGAGGAUGAUGGACAAGUUUGGUAUUGGGAAUAUGAACAGGAAGAUGGAGAACCGCCAGCGAAAUUGUAUAUGGAUCCAGGAAAGAUUGUUAGGUUCAAAGUUAUUGAUGUGGUUUUCAAGUGAGUUAUUUUUGAGCUCAGUGCUUUGAAAUUUAAUAGAUUCUUUUUUUUUUUCAAAAUAUCUCGACUAUCCCAUAAAUUUUAAAUCGAAUCCUGUUUUUUUACAGAGAUCUGAAACCCGACUUAACUCUUGAAGAAAUGAAAAACGAAAAAUCAAUGGAAAUAACUGGUACAAUGGCUGGAACUGGAUUGGGAUGUGUUGGUUGGUGGACAACUGAAGAUGAUGAAGAAGAGGAAGAAGAAGUUGAAGAACAACAUCAUGUACAAGUCAAAGAAGAACUUAUUGAUAUGGGAGAAGAAUGA